AUGGCAACUAUACAAAUUAGCCUCAUAGCAGCCAUCGGGCUCUUGACAGUAUAUCUCGUCUAUACAUUCCGGAAACUUGGGAGCAUCCCUGGUCCUUUCUGGGGGCGAAUCUCAAACCUGCCACGCGUCAAUUGGGUUAAGACCGGACGAUCUCAUGAGAUCCAUCAAGACUUACACCGCAAAUAUGGCGACGUUGUGCGCUUCGGCCCGAAUAUGGUGUCUGUUGCAGACCCAGCCUGUAUCCCUGUCAUCUAUCCAAUGAGACCUGGAUUUCCCAAGGGCCAGUUCUAUCGAGCCCUAAUGCCAUACACCGGUAAAGGCAAGUCUCUACCAGCUGUUUUCAACACCAGAGAUGAAGCCAUCCUCAAGCAAAUCAAGAGUCCAAUUGCUCCGUUGUUUUCACUGUCAAACGUCCUUACGCUUGAACCCUUUGUGACCCGUACAUUAGAAGUACUUUUGGAGCAAUUUGACGCCCGUUUCGUUCAGACGGGGAAAACCUUUGACUUGGCCGACUGGUUACAGUAUUAUUCUUUCGAUGUGAUGGGAACGUUGACGCUGUCUAAGCGUUAUGGGUUUCUAGAACACGGAAAGGAUGUGAAUGGCAUGCUGCUUUCUAUAUGGAACUAUUUCAAGGCUGCUGCUCCAAUGACGCAAAUUCCAUGGUUUGACGAAAUCUGGAACAAGAAUUCCUGGGUCAACAUAUUCACGCCCCCUGGUGGAUUUUCAAUCUUACGAAUAGUACGCGGAUUUAUUGAGGAACGGCAGAAAUUAAUGGAAGAGAAGGGCAACGUGUAUAGGAAUAAGAAGCUUCAUGAAAAGGACAUGCUGUCUCGAUUUUUGGAGCUUCAGCAAAAUAACCCAUCCAUCCCACCAUGGUCUGUCAUGGCAUGGACUUUUUCCAAUGUCUUUGCAGGCUCUGACUCGACGGCAGCCAUCCUACGAGCUAUCUGGUACAAUCUCUUGGCGCACCCUCAUACCCUGGAGCGACUUCAUAACGAAUUAAAGGAGACAGAGCAGACUCGUGGUCUUAAGCAUCCGAUUCCUGACUGGGGCCAAGUCAGUGAUUUGCCAUACUUAGACGCAUGCAUCAACGAGGCAGUGAGGUUGCAUCCACCGUUCUGUUUGCCCUUUGAACGUGUUGUUCCACAUGGCGGCAUUACUAUAGGCGCACAUUACCUUCCAGAGGGGACUGUGGUUGGAAUGAGUCCGUAUGUGACAAACCGACAUCGACCAACAUUUGGCGAGGAUGCCGAUGAAUGGAACCCUGAUCGCUGGCUUUGUGAGGACGAACAGCAACGGAAGAAGCUUGAACAGAGUAUUCUGACGUUCGGAGCAGGAAGACGAGUAUGUCUAGGGAAGCACGUCGCAGUGUUGGAAAUCAAGAAAUUGAUCCCUACAUUGCUUUUGAAUUACGAGUUCAAGCUACUGGAUCCAAAGCGGUAUAGAUUGGAGAACUUCUGGUUUUUCCAGCCUCAAGGGAUAGACGUCAAAAUCAGAAAGCGUGCCAACACCGAACGACAGUCUUGA